AUGGCAAUUUACCCAAAAAAAAUGCAGUCUUGAAUCGAUAGACUCGUCCGGUUCGUUAGCCGGCUUAAAACCCUUGAAAAACCCUUGCGAAUGUCUUGUUCUGAUACAUGGUUCCAUAGCUCAUAAUCUUCUUCAGACUUGUUUACUAUUUUCAAAUGUCAAUUUCUCUUUCUUCCCAAUUGUUCUUCCCUCAACAAGCUUCUUCAUUGAAACAACUGGGAAAGCAAAGGGUUUCUGGGUUAUGGAGAAACACACAGAUUGUGAAGAAAUUUGUGGUGAGAGCAGGGCCAAAGAGGAUGUCUUUUGACAAAGAAUGCAGAGAGGCUUUACUUGCUGGGAUUGACAAGCUUGCUGAUGCUGUUUCUGUUACCUUAGGUCCUAAAGGGCGCAACGUUGUGCUUUCAGAAUCUGGGACGCUAAAAGUUAUCAAUGAUGGUGUUACAAUUGCUCGGGCCAUAGAGCUCGCAGAUGCAAUUGAAAAUGCAGGAGCAGUGCUAAUCCAAGAGGUUGCUACCAAGACAAAUGAUUUAGUUGGUGAUGGUACUACGACUGCAAUCAUAUUGGCUCGAGAGAUGAUCAAAUCUGGGUUGCUAGCUGUUUCUUUUGGUGCUAACCCCGUUUCUUUGAAGAAAGGAAUGGACAAGACUGUAAAAGAAUUAGUCAAUGUUCUAAGGAAUAAAAGUUGUCCUGUAAAAGGGAGGGAUGAUAUAAAAGCCAUAGCUUCAAUAUCUGCUGGAAAUGAUGAUUUCAUUGGGAACUUAAUUGCUGAAGCUAUAGAUAAGAUUGGUCCUGACGGAGUAGUCUCUAUUGCAUCUUCCUCAUCGUCCGAAACCUCUGUGAUGGUUGAAGAAGGAAUGAAGAUUGACAAGGGAUACAUGUCACCCCAGUUCAUAACCAACCAGGACAAAUCAAUAGUGGAGUUUGAAAAUGCAAAAGUCCUGGUGACUGAUCAAAAGAUAUCAAAUGUUAAAGAGAUUGUUCCUUUACUAGAAAAGACUACCCAAUUAAGUGUCCCACUGCUAAUAAUUGCCGAGGACAUCUCAAGGCAAGUACUGGAAACACUUAUUGUGAACAAAAUGCGAGGCAUGCUUAAUGUUGCUGUCGUGAAGUGUCCAGGAUUUGGAGAAGGAAAGAAAGCCCUGUUGCAAGAUAUUGCCCUUAUGACAGGUGCUGAUUUUCUCUCUGGAGAUUUGGGCCUGACCCUUGAAGGUGCAACCUCAGAUCAGCUUGGUAUUGCACGAAAAGUAACCAUAACAAGUAAUUCAACAACUAUUGUUGCUGACCCUUCUACCAAAGCUGAAAUUCGGGCAAGAAUUUCACAGAUAAAGAAAGAUCUAGCCGAAACAGAUAGUGCAUCUCUGUCUCGAAAGCUCUCUGAAAGAAUUGCGAAACUCUCUGGAGGUGUAGCUGUAAUUAAGGUAGGGGCACACACAGAGAUGGAACUUGAAGAUCGGAAGCUAAGAAUUGAGGAUGCGAAAAAUGCCACAUUUGCUGCCAUGGAUGAAGGUAUAGUACCAGGUGGUGGGGCAACAUAUGUACAUCUAUCAGAACAAAUUUCCAUUAUAAAGAACUUCUUGGAAGAUCCAGAUGAGCAGAUUGGUGCUGACAUUGUCGGGAUGGCACUGCUUGCUCCUGCAAAAUUGAUUGCAAGUAAUGCAGGAGUUGAUGGAGCAGUAGUUGUGGAGAAGAUUCGGGCUUGUGACUGGCAAGUUGGAUACAAUGCAAUGACGGGCAGAUAUGAAGACCUCGUCGCUGUUGGCGUGGUUGAUCCUUGUCAGGUUUCAAGGUGUGCUCUUCAGAAUGCAGUCUCUGUUGCCGGUGUGGUCCUAACAACUCAAGCCAUAUUGGUGGAGAAAACACGCAAGCCCAAGCCGCCUGUUCCCAUUGUUCCUGGAAUAACUCCUUAAAAAAGCGGUAAAAUGAGGAAAAUCCAAAGCUUUUGAUGAGAGAUGAGAACGAAGCUAACUGACUUGUGUUUUUGAUGGUUCAAGUCAAAACUUCAUCCUGAAUUGGGUUGGUGUGCACCUAGAAUUGGAGGUGGCAAAGAUUACACUCUUCUACGUGCAUAGAAUCAAAUCACAAAAUCAGACAUAUCCUAGUGUGAUUGAAUUAAGUGCACUUAGAAAUUUUCGAGGUUACUACCAAGCUAGGGAACUCGGCUUUUUAUUUGGAUUACUGGAGCAUGAAAUGCCUUCUCAGAAGCAUGAGUAAUGUAUUCCUGUUGUUGUUGUCAACUUCUAUGUUGUUUCAAUGGAUGUGAAAAAAAUUUCUAUUUCCCUGAGCAUCAGGGAAUUUUUCAA